AAGCUCCAUGUGUUGAUCAUGUAGUCAACAUCGUGUAAGUGUCAACAUUACUAUCUGGGCUUUCCUGUUCGCUUCCCUACGUGCUGAUGACAACCUCUGGGAACUAGCAGCGUUGUGAUCCUACAGCACCGUGUGUUCCUCCAGAUUACUGACUUUUCGAACGAAAUUUGCCGAGUGUAUCGUGAUAAGGAUGAGAGAGAGGGCUGGAAGGCUGACAUAGAGCGCGGGUGACGAUGCUCUGGUGCUGCUGGUGUUGUGCUGGCCCGCAAUGGUCAUGAUUCCUACGCCUUCUGCCGUUAUCCACACGCCCACGCGCCCGAAAUUGGGAUUUUCAAUAGACAGUAUAGUAGGGCGUGGAGGCGUUGAUGCGCGGGGAUCGCCGCCCCCCUCUCCCGGGUCCCCUAGGGGCAGCCCGCGGCCAAGAAGUCCCGUAGGAAAUGCACACGAACUGCAGAAAACACAAGUUAGAAUUCCAGAACCAAUUCACCCUCUUGUGCCCACUUCGGUGCCUACUUCGUUACCUCAGCAUCCUACAGCGGCCCAUCCUUUGCACUUACUGCCAGGCCUACACAUGCCCCAUGCCCUCCACCUUGCUGCCUUGCUUCCCCCGGGAGGCGCCCACAGCCUGCCCACAGCGGUACCCCCUGGUUUGCUUGGGCAGAUGUCCCACCUGGGCACGCCUCUGCCUCCAGCGCCAGGCCCACGAGAGUUCCCGCUGUACCCAUGGCUGUUGUCCAGACACGGCAGGUUCUUCGCUCAUAGGUUCCCAGGACCGGACUUCCCGUCGUUCCUGCUGCCCUUCCGGAAGCCCAAGAGGAUCCGGACGGCGUUCAGCCCGAGCCAGCUCCUCAAGCUCGAGCAAGCCUUCGAGAAGAACCAGUACGUGGUGGGCGCCGAGAGGAAGCAGCUCGCCCAGGCCCUCAAUCUCUCUGAAACUCAGGUGAAGGUGUGGUUCCAGAACAGGAGGACGAAGCACAAGCGCGUGCAGCAGGAGGAGGGGCAGGAACCGGGCGGAGGAGGCAGCAAGAAGGAUGAUUCGAAGGACGAGAGGGACGCGUCGAAGGGCGACUCGAGCAAGAGCGAGGACAAGGACGACCUCUCCAUGAUCGAGUACGACGAGGACGAGGUCUUGAGCGACGACGAGUGCGACCCUCGAGGACAAGAGGGAAGCUCUCAGCCUUGAUAUGACGUGUCUCGAGCGAUGUUGACAGCGACCUUCCAGGGCAGGAGUUGCAGCGCUCGGCCCUAGUCCAAUGUCUUGUAGGAUUAAGUAGAAUAGGAACAAUAAUGCUACAUAUUGUACAGAUGUCUUACCUUGGAAGGAUAUUUAAAUCGUGAGAGACUGAUCGCUAUUUAGAUAAGUUAUUUCGUAACAGAAGCUUGUCGUGAGGAGAUGGCUUGUAUAUUGGUCAGGUUUUUCAAUACCUGAUGUGGAUAGGUUCACUAGAAAUAUUUAUUUGUGUCUAAAACGGAACGUAGAAUAAUAACUUAGACUAUAAUUUGCCUUAUUUGACUGAUAUGUAAAACAUACGUGAUGAAUUUAUUCUAAGAAUAACCAUACACUACAGAUGGAGAGAGAGAGAGAGAGAGAGAGAGAGAGAGAGAGAGAGAGAGAGAGAGAGAGAGAGAGAGAGAGAGAGAGAGAGAGAGAGAGAGAGAGAGAGAGAGAGGAGUGAGAGGGAAGGAUUUCAAUGGAAAUUAGCCAAUGGUAGGUGUCAUUAUUUUGUUUUUGAUAAUAGACAACCUGUCAAGGCAGCCUUCUUGUUUUACAAAUUUUGUGGCAGUGUAGAUGUUGCGAUAUACAGUACAUUAACCGAUGAGACAAUAUUGUAUAUUGCUAUGAUAAGCAUCUGCCAAUAGAAUAUAAAACAUGAUACAACGAGCAGGUAUCUUCAGAUAAUAAUAGAACUGUGUCUAUAACGCACAUAAAGAAGUGGGAGUUACAAUACUACAAGAGCUUACCAAGUCGUAUUGUUCCUAGUUGUACAGAUAGGAUUUUUAUUAUAUAUAUAUGUUUUAGACAAGAUUGCCAAUUACUAAAGAUAAAGGAUGAACGAAUCACCUAUUGGAAUAGAUAACAGUUGUUUAGUAUCUGCCAAUGACUUGUAAAUGACAUGCCUAAUGUUUUACUUAUUUUACUCUACUUACCAUAGGAAAUGACAAUAAAAUGCGUGAAACAAAUAACAAUAAAUAUAAACAUUAAUCAAUCCAUA